AUGGAUAAAAAAUUAGUUCAGUUAUAUGUUAAUUGGAAUAAAAUGUACAUCUUUUUCCAUAAAGAUGAAUUUACAGAAUCAGAUUUAAAGAUGUUUAAGAAUAUAAUUAAAUAUUUGUUUCAAUUUUUUAAACUGACUACUAAAAAUUUCAAAUAUGAUCCUUCAUCAAUAAUUAAUGAUGAAAUUGCCACCUUUAAAUUAUCACUAUUUGAUGAAUUUGUUAAAUCCUAUAAAUUUGUCAAUAGUUUAGCGUCAGAAACAUCAGAAGUAUUUAAUCAAUUUUUAUCAGCAUUGGAUAGGUUUUUUGAUCUUUAUGAAGAAUUAACAGAAAAUGAAAUGAGAAAUAGAGAUGUAUUUGUGAAAUGGUAUAAAUCUGCUAUAGUAUCUAGCAGUGACACAAUUAGAGCAAUUUCUGAAUGGUAUAAUUAA